UAUAAACUUAAAAGCUAGCAUCUUUAUGCAAAGAUUAUGUGAAUAUCAUCCUCCUCCUCCUCCUUUUCCAUCUCUGUGUGUAUGUAUAUCUCUUAAACACACAUACUUCCUUUUCUAUCUUCCAUGCAUCUCCUUUUCUUAUCACCACUGUAGUGUACUACUGCAACAAUUGAUUCCUUCAUCAUGCCACUUAUAAGCUUCAUUCCUUCCUCACUUCCACUUCUAUUCUUACAACCACCAUAAUCCCAUAACACCACCACCACCACCACCUCUAUUUACACAUACUCCUCCUCGAGUCAUUUGCAAUGGGCACCCAAAUAAUUUCAUUCCUUCUCUUCUUAUUUCUUUCACUCUUCACCAACUUAUCCUUCCAAGCAAACACUGACGACCAAACUCAUUUCUUCACUCUCAUGAAACAAUCUCUCAGAGGUAUUCCUUUUUCAAGUUGGAACGCAACCGGAAAUUCUUACUGCAAUUACACCGGUAUCGGUUGUGAUAGUCGUGGGUACGUUAUAGACAUGGACCUUUCUGGAUGGUCUGUGUCAGGAAACUUUCCCGGUGACGUAUGCUCGUAUCUACCUGAAUUACGUAGUCUACGGAUCGGUCAUGCCACCAAUAUAAAUGGAAAUUUCCCAGCUGGUAUCAACAACUGCACUCUACUAGAAGAGCUCAAUAUGACUUCAUUGGGUCUAACUGGAACUCUGCCGGACUUUUCAUCUAUGAAGCUUCUACGGAUACUUGACUUGUCGUAUAAUCUUUUCAGUGGUGUGUUCCCGGCGUCUAUAACCAACUUAACUAAUCUUGAAGUUUUGAAUUUCAAUGAGAACAGUAAUUUCAAUUACUGGCAACUCUCUGAGGAGAUUUCUAGACUAUCAAAACUUCGAGUUAUGGUUUUAUCGACGUGUAUGCUUCAAGGUCCGAUCCCAAAAUCAAUUGGAAACAUGAUUGAACUGGUCGAUCUCGAGUUGUCUGGAAACCUGCUUUCCGGUCCGAUUCCUGCAGAACUCGGGAAGCUGAAGAAAUUACGACAACUGGAGCUGUACUACAACCAACAUCUCAGCGGCGAAAUACCUGAAGAGCUUGGAAAUCUGACAGAGCUUAUUGAUUUGGAUCUUUCAGUAAACCAAUUGACUGGAAAGAUUCCAGAAUCGAUAUGCAAGCUCCCGAAACUUCAAGUAGUGCAGCUGUAUAACAACAGUUUAAGUGGAGGAAUUCCGAGUGCAAUCGGAGACUCGAAAGCUUUAACUAUGCUGUCACUCUAUGACAACUUUCUGACCGGUGAAGUGCCGAAAAAUCUUGGUGCAUCAUCAGAAAUGCUUGUUUUGGACUUGUCGGAAAACCGUCUGACCGGGGAACUGCCACCAAAUAUUUGCAAGGGAGGUAAGCUCAAGUACUUGCUGGUAUUGCAGAAUCUUUUCACUGGUGAAUUGCCAGAGAGUUACGCGAAAUGCGAAUCUCUUCUUCGAUUUAGAGUUAGUUAUAACCAUUUACAAGGCUCAAUCCCUCCAGGUUUACUUGCUCUUCCACAUGCUUCUAUCAUUGAUUUAUCUUUCAAUAACCUCGACGGUUCAAUACCGAAUUCAAUUGCAAAUGCUAAGAAUUUAUCAGAACUUUUCCUUCAGAAAAACAGGCUUUCGGGCACUUUACCGCCAGAAAUCUCUCAGGCUGGUAAUCUAGUUAAGAUUGAUCUUAGUAGUAAUCUCAUUUCUGGUCCUAUUCCUGUAGAAAUAGGAAACUUAAGGAAACUAAAUUUACUGAUGUUGCAAGGAAACAAGCUGAAUUCAUCCAUCCCAACAACUCUUUCAUCCUUGAAAUAUCUUAACGUGCUCGAUCUCUCGAGCAACCAGUUAACCGGAAACAUCCCUGAAAGCAUUUGUGAAUUGCUUCCGAAUUCAAUAAAUUUCUCAAACAACAAUCUUUCAGGUCCUGUCCCUUUAUCUUUGAUUAGAGGUGGAUUAGCAGAAAGUCUAAUAGGUAAUCCAGGUUUAUGUGUUUAUGUUAACACAUCAGUGUCAACUCUUUUCCCUGUCUGUCAACAACUUUCCAGCAGCAGCAAAAGAAAGGCAAGCCACAUCUGGGUGAUUGCGACUUCUGUGGUAGUCGUGAUCAUUGGCCUCGCGCUGCUCAUACAACGUCGGUUCAGCAAAGACAGAUCGACGCUUGAACAGGAUGAAUUCAUAACCACAUCAUCAUUCUCAUAUGAAGUGCAAAGUUUCCAUAAGAUUACGUUCGAUCAGCGCGAAAUUGUUGAAGCUUUAGUUGACAAGAAUAUCGUGGGGCACGGAGGAUCUGGAACAGUUUUCAAGAUCGAGUUGAAGAGCGGACACACUGUUGCUGUCAAGAAACUUUGGACUCGAAAAACUAAAGACCCGUCUCUGGAGGAUCAAUUGUCUGUAGACAAAGAGCUCAAGACUGAAGUUCAGACACUUGGUAGCAUUAGACACAAGAACAUAGUGAAACUUUAUAGCUACUUUUCGAGUUCGGAUUUGAAUCUUUUAGUGUAUGAGUACAUGCCAAACGGAAAUCUAUGGGAUUCCCUUCACAGAGGAAGGAACCUUCUGGACUGGCCAAUUCGACACAAGAUCGCUCUUGGAGUUGCGCAAGGCCUUGCUUAUCUCCAUCAUGAUCUGUUGCCUCCAAUCAUUCAUAGGGAUAUCAAGUCGACAAACAUCUUGCUUAACGCGGAUUAUCAACCUAAAGUCGCAGAUUUUGGUGUUGCAAAAGUGUUGCAAACUAAAGGAAUGGACUCUACAACUACGUCUAUUGCAGGGACUUACGGAUACAUGGCUCCAGAAUACUCUUACGCAUCGAGGGCAACAACGAAAUGUGACGUGUACAGCUUCGGAGUGGUACUAAUGGAGCUCAUUACCGGGAAGAAACCGGUAGAAACAGAAUUCGGCGAAAGCAAGAAUAUCAUCUAUUGGGUUUCUUGCAAAGUAGAAACCAAAGAAGGUGCAGUAGAAGUCUUAGACAAAAGAUUGCAAGGCGUAUUCAGAGACGAAAUGAUUAAAGUGUUGCGAAUAGCAAUCCGUUGCACUUGUAAAGCUCCCACUCAUCGACCCACUAUGAACGAAGUCGUCCAGUUGCUGAUCGAAGCGGACCCGUGUAAGUUCGACACGUGCAAAUCGUUUAACAAGAUUAAGGAUCAAUCACAAGUCAUUAGAAUUGAUUUGUAAUAGGUAUGUAGGAGAUUAGUUCAGCUGUGGUUUGGGAAGUGGUUGUAAUAGAACUUACAUUAGGCCUACUGAACAGUUAAAGAAAGUGUAUAUCUAUAUAUAUUUAGAGUACUAAUAACAUUUAGUUAUUAAGGGGGAGAUUCUGCAUUGUCGACUUUUUUCUAUCCUUGCAAGGAUAUGAUGGAAUUUGUUUGAGUAUAUAUUAUACUGCUUUAGAGUAA